ACGACUGUUGCCAACCAAAUAACGACGAAUAAUGUCAAAUUUGACAACCGCACAUUUAAAUAUUUAAAUUCCUUCCAUUAUUUUCCGUCUCAUUUUAUAAAGGAUGUAUGUCCAUUUGUAUGAUUAUCGUUAUCGCCGUUUCCCGUGUGUCGUAACUGUGAUAAUAGUCAAUAGUUUCGGAAUAAUUUCUUAACGAUGCAUCGAUAUAACCUCAUCGACAAUUGUCAAACUAGCGCAAAGGGAGCGAAAAAUUACGAAAAAAUUCGUAUGUCGCGUAAAUAAGGACGAUUGUUCGAAAAAUCUCUUCCCCAUCGAUGCCCAUAUGGAUGUGCAAACGGAAAUCAGUUCACUGCGACCGCAAAUGGCAUUACGAAAUGUGAACUCUGGCAAUAUAUUCAAUACACCUUUAACGUCAUUCGCAGAGAUGUGGUAUCAAAUAUUUCUAUGGGCUCUAUUUUCUUCAAUAUUUGUGCACACAAUUGCUGGCGCGAUUUGUUUUGCCACUUUGCGACAGCACAAAUACGGCAAAUUUUUUCCGUUACUUAUUAUAAUAAUGGGCGUAUUACUACCCUUGACAUCGGGUGUUGUUAGUUCGGCGGCAGUUGCCUUUGUGUACAGAGCAUCGGGUUACCAAAUGCCUCCUUUGUACGCAUUGUUUUGGGGUAUCGGACAGACUGUGGUACCAGUAUGUGUUGGAUUCACACGAAUCUUAGCGACUUUGUAACCCUAUGUUACAAGAACUACAUUUGUGAUAUUUAUCUGUAUAUAUCAGAAUGACGAUCAAGUGUCUUCUAAGUUAUACAUAUACAAAAUUAUGUACAUACAUAGAUAAGUUCGUCAGUGUAUAUCUAGUUACAAUUCACAUCUAUUAUUGAACUGACUGUAAAAAUGAUAAAAAAUGAAGUUUUACCACAAGAUAAGUACUAGGAGAAUUUUGUAAUAAAACAAAUGCAUUUAUUGAACAUAGUGAAAACUUCACAAUAUCAAUAAAUUAGUUAUCACGA